ACAGGCACAACGGAUUAAAAUUCAAACAAGUGCAGUGUGACUUAAUCAUUUCAUUUUUUGUUUGGAAAAUAAUUUGGAUCAUUUUGUGAAAAUUCAUAAUGCAGUAGAUCUUGUUCAAUUCAGCACUUUUUGAUAUCACGAAUUUCUGUGAUUUCCUGAAGUUACGUGAUUGGAAUUAUGAGCAGGAUUUAAUUAAGAUAUUCAGAGGAAAAGGCGAAAUUCUGAAAAACUUGUACGGUGCACCAUGGCGACGUUACGCUGGUUGUCAUGGCUACUAAUGAUAUGCGUUACGAUUCGGCACGUGAUCUGUUUGGAAGUUGACCUUUCACAACCUUUGGAUUUAGUGUUUUUGGUUGAUUCAUCAGAAAGCAUAACGGGAUCUAACUUUAAUAAAAUUCUCCGAUUUAUGGCGGAAGUUGUCGAAGAUGCUUCGGUAGAUUCCGGUGACGUUCGCGUUGCUGUGGUAACGUUUGGUGAUACUACUGUGAUACGUUUUGGACUUGAUGAAGUCAGUAACAAAGAGGAGCUUUUAGAAUUUGUUCAGGAAACAACAUUUGACACUGGAAAUACAUUUAUAGCAGACGCACUACUUGCAGUGCGGACUAAGGUGUUCAAUACCGAAGGUGAUAGGCCGGAAGCUCGCAAUGUUUUGUUAAUAAUUACUGACGGCGUAUAUGACUUGGAAUCUUCGAGAGCGAUGAGGGAAGCGGAAACAAGCAAAGACCAAGGCAUUGAUAUAUAUGCCAUUGGAAUCGGACUGUUUGAUGUGCGACAACUCGAUAGGCUUGUGUCACAACCUUUGGAAAAUCAUAGAUUCCUCAUAGAAAAUUUCGGCUACCUACAGGAGGCCAAGAGUUACGUUUUUGUUGAUGAGGAAAGUGAUGCAUUUCUAGACCCAUUUGGAGAACUGGAUGGAUUCGACCCCGACGUGUAUGACAGUUUAGAAACCUUUGAAGGGUGUGGAAAUAGACCCAUGGACAUCGUGUUCCUUGUAGACACCUCGGAUGCCUACGCUGAUAACAAUGAGACUUAUCUCACUAUCAGAGAUUUUCUCAUAAAAUUCGUCAGAUUCGCUAACGUAAGUUCCGAUGUAACUCGAAUAUCCCUGGUGACAUAUAGCACGAGCCCUACAAUCCACUUCCGGUUAGGAGAAAUACCUACGUCACAAGGUGUUCAAGACGCUAUCAGAUCUGCAAGGUUUUCCCCAGGAGAAAGGAAUUUAGCCGACGCCCUGGACGCUUUGAGACGGCGGGUGUUUUUUGAGUAUUAUGGCGACAGACCGCAGGUUCCGGACAUAGUCGUUUUAAUAACGACGGGAAUGUCGAACAGGCGUACGACCCAGAGUUACCAGUACGCUCAGGCCCUGAAGGACAUCGGUGUUAACGUCAUCGGCAUCACCUGGAGCGAGAGCGGAAGACAGGAGUUAUCGUCCGUGGUAUCAGAGCCGGCUUAUACUAAUCUUUUUGGUCUCGACUCCAUUAGUGAACUCCACAUAAUGACAGAGCUGGUCGUGGCACAAGUUUGUGAAAGUUCGGAGGCUGCUUAUCUUACACCCGUGGAAGGUAGCGAUGAUAUAGAUCUCGUGUUCCUGGCCCACUUCUCGAGUCAGCUGACAUCAGCGAACUUCGCCAAAAUAACAUCCUUUAUGGCUGAACUUAUCGAGGGAGCAGAUGUGGACUUGGACUCCGUUAGAGUCGGUGUUGCCAUCUACAGAGCAGAAGCCACGGUAUUAUUUAAGCUAGAUGCUUACAGGGGAGACAAAUCUGGACUUUUAGAAGCGAUACGAAAUAUUAAGCCAGAUUAUAAAUCUGGGGAUACCAACUUGGCUGCUGGUUUAAAUCUGGUUCGAAAUGAGAUGUUUGAUGUGAGAAAAGGAGACCGAGAGGAUGUACCCAAUGGCAUUGUCAUCAUUACAGACGCUAACUCCGAUCCACAAUACUACCCUGAAUUAGAAUAUGCUGCCGCUCUCGUCAAAGACGCUGGAGUGACGGUGUUUGGAAUUGGAAUUGACUUGCAAAACACUGAUGAGAUGAACGUGGUAUCGACGAAUCCCCAAAUGAGCUAUGUCCUGGGAAAUGUUGAUCAACUUCCGAGUAUGGUUCAGGAACUGCGACAAAGACUGCCUUCACUGACGUUUGUUUUACCCGAGGAGAUAGAAACCUUAGCACCAACAACAAGAGCAACCCCCGCAGCAACUACAGUGCCGACAACCCCUGAAGCUACUACGUCAUUGGAGAGUAGUCGAGAGGCAGAUAUUGCUGUGCUUUUCCACGUGGGACAUAAAACAAAAUUGAGAGAUAUGAACAAAAAAUUGAAAAUAUACCUGUCGAACCUAUUUGCGAAGGCUAAAGUCAGCCCGGAUAUGCUCCGAGUGGCACUUGUAAAUUAUGGAACAGCAACGAACGUGCUGUUUGAUUUCAAUACCCAUACAAGAAAACCUCAGGUUCGAAGUGCUAUUAAAACCACAAUAAAGGGUAAUCUACGGAAAAGUCGGGCGAAUUUAGGUGAAGCUUUAAAUGAAUUAAGAACAGAGUUAUUUGUGCAGAGCGCUGGUUCUCGGAUACAUGAAGGAGUACCUGCGGGAUUGAUUCUCGUGACAGACAUGGUGUCAUCGAAUGAUGGAUAUGACUAUGAGCAGGAGAUGACGCUACUCAAAGAGAUGGGAGUGACGGUGUUUGGAGUUGGCAUUGGUUCAAAUGACGUCCAUGACGAGUUACGACAGUUGACAUCAGAUCCGGCAAUCGAUUAUUUUCAAGCCUUUCGGACAUUUGAUGACCUUCUAGCGGAUGCUGCACCGGUUAAAAACAUAGUCAGUCGUGUUAGAGCUAUGGGAGGAAAGCUUAAGCAGCGUCCCCCGACUCCGGCUCUAAGCACAACUGUUGCGCCGAUGUCCUUGACGGUGAGUGAGGAGGCAGACAUCAUCAUUGCUGUACACUCGUCUAUUACCGCUACUCCCAGCCAUUUUACCAUCUUGCUCGAAUUCCUGGCAGAGCUGUAUGAACAGGCUGAUAUAGACGGAGGACGUGUUAAGGCGGCCGUGAUGUUUUACGAGUCAGCGUCAACGCCUAUUUUCUACCUUGAUCAAUUCAACAAAUGGGACGACGUUUUCGUCACGAUUUCAAGGACAAGCAACGCUUUGCGAAGUAAUGUAGUCGACGCCUCCAAAGCCAUGAAGACUGCAUCAAGUAUGUUUGCUGCUGCAAGGGGCGGGCCAAUCCCAAAAGCUCUCAUUAUGGUCACCGAUGCGGCAUCCAAUGUAAACACCGACAUGAUCAUGACAAGGAAGGAAGAAUUGACCAAUAAAGGAGUAUCUAUCUACAGUGUGGGGAUCGGCUUACCAGGGAAAGAAGAACUUGAGCUCCUUGCAACGGCAAGUGAAAAUGUAUUCAGCGUCAUCGGCUAUGAACAACUACCUAGAGCUGCAGAAGACAUAAAGCGGAAAAUUCGUUCAUUACGAACGAUGCCGGAAUGCGUGACCACCCCACCUGUUCAGACUACGACGGAAAAUCCACCUGCCCCCGUCCAGACAGAGACACCAACCAGUGAUCCAGGUCCGAUUCACAUCACGUUUCCCACUCCAGACGGAGGGAGCUGUCAAUCUGGCAAGGUCGACUUGGUUAUAGUUCUUGAUUCUUCGACCAGUGUCGGAAACGAUAACUUCCAGUUAAUGAAAAACUUUGUGAAAGAGUUGGUAAGCAAGGCAGAUAUUGAUUCGGGGAACGUCCGUGUUGGAGUACUAUUAUACAGUUCCUCAGUGAGCGUUCAGUUUCAGUUGAAUGAGUUCCAGAAUAAAGGAAACAUUUUAGCGGCCAUUGAUGAUAUCAUUUACAUAUAUGGAAGUACGAACACUGCUGACGGUUUACAGACGAUGUGGAGUGAAAUGUUCACACAAGCUAAUGGUGAUAGGCAAGGUGUGGACGAUGUUGCUAUAGUGAUAACUGAUGGUUUGUCCAAUAUCAACUCAGGUCGCACUAUACCGGAAGCAAUCAAUGCGAAAAACAAGGGUAUUCAUAUAUAUACGGUUGGCAUUGGACUCGGAGAUACAACGGAAGUAGACGCCAUAGCAACAGCUCCAGCCUCAGAUAACAGCUUCAACGUGGACAGUUUUGCAGAAUUAGUUAACCUGCAUGAGCAAAUUUUCUACUCGUUUUGUCCAGCCACACCUAUUGCUAUCACCUUACCGCCACCUGUAUCAGGUUGUGCCUUGUCAAAGGUCGAUCUCAUCAUCGUCAUUGACGCUUCCACCAGUGUGGGACAGGGAAACUUCGACUUGAUGCUCCAAUUCUGUAAGGAUUUCCUCAGAAACGCCGACAUUGACUCUGGAAAUGUACGUGUCGGUGCUUUGAUCUACAGUUCCACAGUAGAAAUUCAGUUCAAUCUGAAUACGUUUUCAACCAUAGCAGACAUUAACCUAGCUAUUGAUGAAAUUCCCUACAUCUACGGAAGUACGAACACCGCUGACGCACUGGAAACCAUGAGAAGCAUGUUUAACGCUGCUGACGGAGAUCGGUCUGACGUUCCAAAUAUCGGUAUCGUUAUUACCGAUGGUGUAUCCAACAUCAAUUCCCGAAGAACCAUCCCAGAGGCAGACCGGGCUAGGGGUGAGGAUAUCCAUAUCUACGCCAUUGGCAUUGGGCUGCAGGAUACCACUGAGUUAGAUGGUAUUGCCAAUAAACCCUCCGACGAAAACAGCUUCAAUGUUCGAAGUUUCACAGAACUUGAAGCACUCAGUGAAAAAGUGUUCUCUUCAUUAUGUCCAAUUACGGAAGCACCCACACCUCCUCCACGAGCUUUCGACCUAGUGAUCGUUUUGGACUCGUCAGUGACUAGAGAGCAAUGGCGCUGGAUUCAGAGAUAUGCGUCCACAGUAGUGCAACAGCUUAGCAUAGACAACGAGAAGUUCCGAGUGGGUGCCCUUCGAUACAGUAGCAAUCAGGACGUCCAGUUUCAUCUAGGGGAUUACUUUACCCAAAACGAAGUCUUCCAAGCUGUUCGUCGCAUUCGGUACCAGCCAGGAGAAACCAAUACAGCUGAAGCCCUAGAGUACGUUAGGACCCAGAUGUUUAGACCUAAUAAAGGCGACAGAGAAUUCGCUAGAAACUUCAUCCUUCUGCUAACCGGAAGUGACGAAAGCACAGACAGGUAUGAGGCGUUCCGUGCAGCAGAGCGAAACGAAGACGACGGUGCUUACAUAUUCACUGUAGGAGUAGGACUUCGAGACCACAGCGAGCUUGACGAAGUGUCUUCCCAUUCCCUUGACAAUUACCAGAAACUAUUCCUGAUUUCAGAUCGACCAAGCAAUAUUGCUGAUGAUCUGACUUUCCUCGAUUCAUUACCGGAUUCGCCUCCAGAGGGAUUCCGUGGCCGUCCUUAUCCUCCUCCUACUACGACGCCGAUACCAAUCACCUUGCCUCCACCUGUUAAUUGUGCUUUGUCAAAAGUGGAUCUGAUCAUUAUCAUUGACGCCUCCACAAGUGUCGGUGCAGAAAACUACAAUAAAAUGCUGGCUUUCUGUAAGGAUUUCCUCAAGAACGCCGACAUUGACUCUGGAAACGUACGUGUCGGUGCUUUGAUCUACAGUUCCACAGUAGAAAUUCAGUUUAACUUGAAUUCUUAUUCAACAAAGGCUGAAAUAUACCAGGCUAUCGAUGAAAUUCCCUAUAUCUAUGGAAGUACAAACACGGCUGAUGCGCUGAUGACGAUGAGGAACAUGUUCAAUGCUGCCGAUGGAGACCGUGCUGACGUUCCCAACAUCUGUAUCAUCUUAACAGACGGUGUAUCCAACAUCAACUCCCGGAGGACCAUUCCGGAAGCGGACCGGGCCAGGGAUGCAGACAUACAUGUGUAUGCUAUUGGUAUCGGUCUGAAAGACACGAAGGAGUUAGACGGUAUCGCUAACAAACCCUCAUCGGAAAACAGCUUCAACGUGCAGACGUUUGACGAGUUGAACGUUCUCAGUGACCAAGUCUUCUCUUCUCUCUGCCCAGUGACCGAUGCCCCGACUCCUCCUCCACGCGCCUUCGACCUCGUCAUUGUCCUUGACUCUUCGGUCAGUCCAGCACAGUGGCAGUGGAUACGACAAUAUGCUAAGAUGGUCGCUGGACAGCUUAGCAUUGACAAUGAAAAAUUCCGAGUAGGCCUUCUACGAUAUAGUACCAACCAGGCCGCCCAAUUCCAGCUGGACGAUUACUUAACCAGGGAUGGUGUUGUGUCUGCUAUUGACAAUGUCCAGUACCAGCCCGGGGAGACCAAUACUGUAGGCGCUUUAGAUUAUGUUAGAAAGGAGAUGUUCAAACCAGAUAAUGGUGACAGAGAUUUUGCAAGAAAUUUUAUUCUUUUGAUCACUGGAAAUGACAACAGCACUGAUAGGUAUGGGGCAUUCCGUGCCGCAGAGAAAAAUGAAGACGACGGAAACUAUUUGUUCACUGUUGGGGUUGGACUCCAGGAUCCUAGCGAACUGGCCGAGGUAUCUUCACAUCCUCUGGAGGAAUACCAGCGUCUUUUCUUGAUAUCAGACCGACCAGAGGACAUCGAUGACGAGUUAGCAAUGCUAGAAGCACUACCAGAAAAUCCACCGGACGGAUUCCGCUUGCGACCAUAUCCUCCACCUUCUACCACACCUAUACCGAUCACGCUACCGCCACCAGUGUCAGAUUGUGCACUGUCUAAGGUUGACUUGAUCAUUAUCAUUGAUGCCUCCACCAGUGUAGGGCAGGAAAACUUCGAGAAAAUGCUGGCUUUCUGUAAGGAUUUCCUCAGGAACGCCGACAUUGACUCUGGAAACGUACGUGUCGGUGCUUUGAUCUACAGUUCCGGGGUAGAAAUUCAAUUCAAUCUCAAUACGUUUUCAACAAAAGCUGAUGUAAACCAGGCUAUCGAUGAAAUUCCCUAUAUCUAUGGAAGUACCAACACAGCUGACGCCUUGCUGACGAUGAGGAACAUGUUCAAUGCUGCCGACGGAGACCGUGCUGACGUUCCCAACAUCUGUAUCAUCUUAACAGACGGUGUAUCCAAUAUCAACUCCCGGAGAACCAUUCCGGAAGCGGACCGGGCCAGGGAUGCAGACAUACAUGUAUAUGCCAUCGGUAUCGGCCUGAAAGACACGAAGGAGUUAGACGGUAUCGCUAACAAACCCUCAUCGGAAAACAGCUUCAACGUUCAGACGUUUGACGAGCUGAACGCUCUCAGUGACCAAGUAUUCUCGUCUUUAUGUCCAGGUUUUAAACGUGAAGAACAGUUUCCAAGUUCUACAGCAACACCUUUACCAAGAGUUACCGAUGCUCCAACCACCACCACUACAACGACUACACCAGCACCUACACCUCCUCCCAGAGCCUUUGAUCUUAUCAUGGUGUUAGAUUCUUCGGUGACACCAGAGAAGUUCGAAUGGAUCCGGAACUAUGCCAAAAUGGUCGCUGGUCGACUAAGUAUUGACAAUGAGAAGUUCCGAGUAGGUCUCCUUAGGUACAGUACUGAUCAGGCCGCCCAAUUCCAGCUGGACGAUUACUUGACAAAGGAUGGUGUUGUGGCUGCCAUGGACGAUAUCCAGUAUCAGCCAGGGGAGACCAACACCGCGGCUGCUUUAGAUUAUGUGAGAACGGAGAUGUUCAGACCUGACAAUGGCGACAGAGAUUUUGCAAGAAACUUUAUUCUCUUGAUUACCGGAAAUGACGAAAGCACUGAUAGGUACGAAGCAUUCCGGGCUGCAGAGAAAAAUGAAAAUGACGGUAAUUACUUAUUCACGGUUGGAGUCGGACUCCGAGACCACAGUGAACUGGACGAGGUGUCGUCACAUCCACUGGAGGAAUACCAACGUCUGUUCCUUAUAUCUGACCGACCAGAGGAUAUCGACGACGAACUGGCAAUGUUAGAAGCAUUACCUGAGGAUCCUCCAGAUGGUUUCCGCGGACGACCAUAUCCUCCUCCAACAACGACCCCUCUGCCGAUAACUUUACCACCGCCUGUGUCUGAUUGCGCUUUGUCUAAGGUCGAUCUGAUUAUCAUCAUCGAUGCCUCCACCAGUGUAGGACAAGGAAACUUCGAGAAAAUGCUGGCUUUCUGUAAGGAUUUCCUCAGGAACGCCGACAUUGACUCUGGUAACGUACGUGUCGGUGCUUUGAUCUACAGUUCCGGGGUAGAAAUUCAAUUCAAUCUCAAUACGUUUUCAACAAAGGCUGAUGUAAACCAGGCUAUCGAUGAAAUUCCCUAUAUCUAUGGAAGUACCAACACAGCUGACGCCUUGCUGACGAUGAGGAACAUGUUCAAUGCUGCUGACGGAGACCGUGCUGACGUUCCCAACAUCUGUAUCAUCUUAACAGACGGUGUAUCCAAUAUCAACUCCCGGAGAACCAUUCCGGAAGCGGACCGGGCCAGGGAUGCAGACAUACAUGUAUAUGCCAUCGGUAUCGGCCUGAAAGACACGAAGGAGUUAGACGGUAUCGCUAACAAACCCUCAUCGGAAAACAGCUUCAACGUUCAGACGUUUGACGAGCUGAACGCUCUCAGUGACCAAGUAUUCUCGUCUUUAUGUCCAGUUACCGAUGCUCCAACCACCACCACUACAACGACUACACCAGCACCUACACCUCCUCCCAGAGCCUUUGAUCUUAUCAUGGUGUUAGAUUCUUCGGUGACACCAGAGAAGUUCGAAUGGAUCCGGAACUAUGCCAAAAUGGUCGCUGGUCGACUAAGUAUUGACAAUGAGAAGUUCCGAGUAGGUCUCCUUAGGUACAGUACUGAUCAGGCCGCCCAAUUCCAGCUGGACGAUUACUUGACAAAGGAUGGCGUUGUGGCUGCCAUGGACGAUAUCCAGUAUCGGCCAGGGGAGACCAACACCGCGGCUGCUUUAGAUUAUGUGAGAACGGAGAUGUUCAGACCUGACAAUGGCGACAGAGAUUUUGCAAGAAACUUUAUUCUCUUGAUUACCGGAAAUGACGAAAGCACUGAUAGGUACGAAGCAUUCCGGGCUGCAGAGAAAAAUGAAAAUGACGGUAAUUACUUAUUCACGGUUGGAGUCGGACUCCGAGACCACAGUGAACUGGACGAGGUGUCGUCACAUCCACUGGAGGAAUACCAACGUCUAUUCCUUAUAUCUGACCGACCAGAGGAUAUCGACGACGAACUGGCAAUGUUAGAAGCAUUACCUGAGGAUCCUCCAGAUGGUUUCCGCGGACGACCAUAUCCUCCUCCAACAACGACCCCUCUGCCGAUAACUUUACCACCGCCUGUGUCUGAUUGCGCUUUGUCUAAGGUCGAUCUGAUUAUCAUCAUCGAUGCCUCCACCAGUGUAGGACAAGGAAACUUCGAUAAAAUGCUGGCUUUCUGUAAGGAUUUCCUCAGGAACGCCGACAUUGACUCUGGUAACGUACGUGUCGGUGCUUUGAUCUACAGUUCCGGGGUAGAAAUUCAAUUCAAUCUCAAUACGUUUUCAACAAAAGCUGAUGUAAACCAGGCUAUCGAUGAAAUUCCCUAUAUCUAUGGAAGUACCAACACAGCUGACGCCUUGCUGACGAUGAGGAACAUGUUCAAUGCUGCUGACGGAGACCGUGCUGACGUUCCCAACAUCUGUAUCAUCUUAACAGACGGUGUAUCCAAUAUCAACUCCCGGAGAACCAUUCCGGAAGCGGACCGGGCCAGGGAUGCAGACAUACAUGUAUAUGCCAUCGGUAUCGGCCUGAAAGACACGAAGGAGUUAGACGGUAUCGCUAACAAACCCUCAUCGGAAAACAGCUUCAACGUUCAGACGUUUGACGAGCUGAACGCUCUCAGUGACCAAGUAUUCUCGUCUUUAUGUCCAGGUUUUAAACGUGAAGAACAGUUUCCAAGUUCUACAGCAACACCUUUACCAAGAGUUACCGAUGCUCCAACCACCACCACUACAACGACUACACCAGCACCUACACCUCCUCCCAGAGCCUUUGAUCUUAUCAUGGUGUUAGAUUCUUCGGUGACACCAGAGAAGUUCGAAUGGAUCCGGAACUAUGCCAAAAUGGUCGCUGGUCGACUAAGUAUUGACAAUGAGAAGUUCCGAGUAGGUCUCCUUAGGUACAGUACUGAUCAGGCCGCCCAAUUCCAGCUGGACGAUUACUUGACAAAGGAUGGCGUUGUGGCUGCCAUGGACGAUAUCCAGUAUCGGCCAGGGGAGACCAACACCGCGGCUGCUUUAGAUUAUGUGAGAACGGAGAUGUUCAGACCUGACAAUGGCGACAGAGAUUUUGCAAGAAACUUUAUUCUCUUGAUUACCGGAAAUGACGAAAGCACUGAUAGGUACGAAGCAUUCCGGGCUGCAGAGAAAAAUGAAAAUGACGGUAAUUACUUAUUCACGGUUGGAGUCGGACUCCGAGACCACAGUGAACUGGACGAGGUGUCGUCACAUCCACUGGAGGAAUACCAACGUCUAUUCCUUAUAUCUGACCGACCAGAGGAUAUCGACGACGAACUGGCAAUGUUAGAAGCAUUACCUGAGGAUCCUCCAGAUGGUUUCCGCGGACGACCAUAUCCUCCUCCAACAACGACCCCUCUGCCGAUAACUUUACCACCGCCUGUGUCUGAUUGCGCUUUGUCUAAGGUCGAUCUGAUUAUCAUCAUCGAUGCCUCCACCAGUGUAGGACAAGGAAACUUCGAUAAAAUGCUGGCUUUCUGUAAGGAUUUCCUCAGGAACGCCGACAUUGACUCUGGUAACGUACGUGUCGGUGCUUUGAUCUACAGUUCCGGGGUAGAAAUUCAAUUCAAUCUCAAUACGUUUUCAACAAAAGCUGAUGUAAACCAGGCUAUCGAUGAAAUUCCCUAUAUCUAUGGAAGUACCAACACAGCUGACGCCUUGCUGACGAUGAGGAACAUGUUCAAUGCUGCUGAUGGAGACCGUGCUGACGUUCCCAACAUCUGUAUCAUCUUAACAGACGGUGUAUCCAAUAUCAACUCCCGGAGAACCAUUCCGGAAGCGGACCGGGCCAGGGAUGCAGACAUACAUGUAUAUGCCAUCGGUAUCGGCCUGAAAGACACGAAGGAGUUAGACGGUAUCGCUAACAAACCCUCAUCGGAAAACAGCUUCAACGUUCAGACGUUUGACGAGCUGAACGCUCUCAGUGACCAAGUAUUCUCGUCUUUAUGUCCAGUUACCGAUGCUCCAACCACCACCACUACAACGACUACACCAGCACCUACACCUCCUCCCAGAGCCUUUGAUCUUAUCAUGGUGUUAGAUUCUUCGGUGACACCAGAGAAGUUCGAAUGGAUCCGGAACUAUGCCAAAAUGGUCGCUGGUCGACUAAGUAUUGACAAUGAGAAGUUCCGAGUAGGUCUCCUUAGGUACAGUACUGAUCAGGCCGCCCAAUUCCAGCUGGACGAUUACUUGACAAAGGAUGGCGUUGUGGCUGCCAUGGACGAUAUCCAGUAUCAGCCAGGGGAGACCAACACCGCGGCUGCUUUAGAUUAUGUGAGAACGGAGAUGUUCAGACCUGACAAUGGCGACAGAGAUUUUGCAAGAAACUUUAUUCUCUUGAUUACCGGAAAUGACGAAAGCACUGAUAGGUACGAAGCAUUCCGGGCUGCAGAGAAAAAUGAAAAUGACGGUAAUUACUUAUUCACGGUUGGAGUCGGACUCCGAGACCACAGUGAACUGGACGAGGUGUCGUCACAUCCACUGGAGGAAUACCAACGUCUAUUCCUUAUAUCUGACCGACCAGAGGAUAUCGACGACGAACUGAAUGUUAGAAGCAUGUAAGUGAUGCUACCUGAGGAUCCUCCAGAUGGUUUCCGCGGACGACCAUAUCCUCCUCCAACAACGACCCCUCUGCCGAUAACUUUACCACCGCCUGUGUCUGAUUGCGCUUUGUCUAAGGUCGAUCUGAUUAUCAUCAUCGAUGCCUCCACCAGUGUAGGACAAGGAAACUUCGAUAAAAUGCUGGCUUUCUGUAAGGAUUUCCUCAGGAACGCCGACAUUGACUCUGGUAACGUACGUGUCGGUGCUUUGAUCUACAGUUCCGGGGUAGAAAUUCAAUUCAAUCUCAAUACGUUUUCAACAAAAGCUGAUGUAAACCAGGCUAUCGAUGAAAUUCCCUAUAUCUAUGGAAGUACCAACACAGCUGACGCCUUGCUGACGAUGAGGAACAUGUUCAAUGCUGCUGAUGGAGACCGUGCUGACGUUCCCAACAUCUGUAUCAUCUUAACAGACGGUGUAUCCAAUAUCAACUCCCGGAGAACCAUUCCGGAAGCGGACCGGGCCAGGGAUGCAGACAUACAUGUAUAUGCCAUCGGUAUCGGCCUGAAAGACACGAAGGAGUUAGACGGUAUCGCUAACAAACCCUCAUCGGAAAACAGCUUCAACGUUCAGACGUUUGACGAGCUGAACGCUCUCAGUGACCAAGUAUUCUCGUCUUUAUGUCCAGGUUUUAAACGUGAAGAACAGUUUCCAAGUUCUACAGCAACACCUUUACCAAGAGUUACCGAUGCUCCAACCACCACCACUACAACGACUACACCAGCACCUACACCUCCUCCCAGAGCCUUUGAUCUUAUCAUGGUGUUAGAUUCUUCGGUGACACCAGAGAAGUUCGAAUGGAUCCGGAACUAUGCCAAAAUGGUCGCUGGUCGACUAAGUAUUGACAAUGAGAAGUUCCGAGUAGGUCUCCUUAGGUACAGUACUGAUCAGGCCGCCCAAUUCCAGCUGGACGAUUACUUGACAAAGGAUGGCGUUGUGGCUGCCAUGGACGAUAUCCAGUAUCGGCCAGGGGAGACCAACACCGCGGCUGCUUUAGAUUAUGUGAGAACGGAGAUGUUCAGACCUGACAAUGGCGACAGAGAUUUUGCAAGAAACUUUAUUCUCUUGAUUACCGGAAAUGACGAAAGCACUGAUAGGUACGAAGCAUUCCGGGCUGCAGAGAAAAAUGAAAAUGACGGUAAUUACUUAUUCACGGUUGGAGUCGGACUCCGAGACCACAGUGAACUGGACGAGGUGUCGUCACAUCCACUGGAGGAAUACCAACGUCUAUUCCUUAUAUCUGACCGACCAGAGGAUAUCGACGACGAACUGGCAAUGUUAGAAGCAUUACCUGAGGAUCCUCCAGAUGGUUUCCGCGGACGACCAUAUCCUCCUCCAACAACGACCCCUCUGCCGAUAACUUUACCACCGCCUGUGUCUGAUUGCGCUUUGUCUAAGGUCGAUCUGAUUAUCAUCAUCGAUGCCUCCACCAGUGUAGGACAAGGAAACUUCGAUAAAAUGCUGGCUUUCUGUAAGGAUUUCCUCAGGAACGCCGACAUUGACUCUGGUAACGUACGUGUCGGUGCUUUGAUCUACAGUUCCGGGGUAGAAAUUCAAUUCAAUCUCAAUACGUUUUCAACAAAAGCUGAUGUAAACCAGGCUAUCGAUGAAAUUCCCUAUAUCUAUGGAAGUACCAACACAGCUGACGCCUUGCUGACGAUGAGGAACAUGUUCAAUGCUGCUGAUGGAGACCGUGCUGACGUUCCCAACAUCUGUAUCAUCUUAACAGACGGUGUAUCCAAUAUCAACUCCCGGAGAACCAUUCCGGAAGCGGACCGGGCCAGGGAUGCAGACAUACAUGUAUAUGCCAUCGGUAUCGGCCUGAAAGACACGAAGGAGUUAGACGGUAUCGCUAACAAACCCUCAUCGGAAAACAGCUUCAACGUUCAGACGUUUGACGAGCUGAACGCUCUCAGUGACCAAGUAUUCUCGUCUUUAUGUCCAGGUUUUAAACGUGAAGAACAGUUUCCAAGUUCUACAGCAACACCUUUACCAAGAGUUACCGAUGCUCCAACCACCACCACUACAACGACUACACCAGCACCUACACCUCCUCCCAGAGCCUUUGAUCUUAUCAUGGUGUUAGAUUCUUCGGUGACACCAGAGAAGUUCGAAUGGAUCCGGAACUAUGCCAAAAUGGUCGCUGGUCGACUAAGUAUUGACAAUGAGAAGUUCCGAGUAGGUCUCCUUAGGUACAGUACUGAUCAGGCCGCCCAAUUCCAGCUGGACGAUUACUUGACAAAGGAUGGCGUUGUGGCUGCCAUGGACGAUAUCCAGUAUCGGCCAGGGGAGACCAACACCGCGGCUGCUUUAGAUUAUGUGAGAACGGAGAUGUUCAGACCUGACAAUGGCGACAGAGAUUUUGCAAGAAACUUUAUUCUCUUGAUUACCGGAAAUGACGAAAGCACUGAUAGGUACGAAGCAUUCCGGGCUGCAGAGAAAAAUGAAAAUGACGGUAAUUACUUAUUCACGGUUGGAGUCGGACUCCGAGACCACAGUGAACUGGACGAGGUGUCGUCACAUCCACUGGAGGAAUACCAACGUCUAUUCCUUAUAUCUGACCGACCAGAGGAUAUCGACGACGAACUGGCUAUGUUAGAAGCAUUACCUGAGGAUCCUCCAGAUGGUUUCCGCGGACGACCAUAUCCUCCUCCAACAACGACCCCUCUGCCGAUAACUUUACCACCGCCUGUGUCUGAUUGCGCUUUGUCUAAGGUCGAUCUGAUUAUCAUCAUCGAUGCCUCCACCAGUGUAGGACAAGGAAACUUCGAUAAAAUGCUGGCUUUCUGUAAGGAUUUCCUCAGGAACGCCGACAUUGACUCUGGUAACGUACGUGUCGGUGCUUUGAUCUACAGUUCCGGGGUAGAAAUUCAAUUCAAUCUCAAUACGUUUUCAACAAAAGCUGAUGUAAACCAGGCUAUCGAUGAAAUUCCCUAUAUCUAUGGAAGUACCAACACAGCUGACGCCUUGCUGACGAUGAGGAACAUGUUCAAUGCUGCUGAUGGAGACCGUGCUGACGUUCCCAACAUCUGUAUCAUCUUAACAGACGGUGUAUCCAAUAUCAACUCCCGGAGAACCAUUCCGGAAGCGGACCGGGCCAGGGAUGCAGACAUACAUGUAUAUGCCAUCGGUAUCGGCCUGAAAGACACGAAGGAGUUAGAUGGUAUCGCUAACAAACCCUCAUCGGAAAACAGCUUCAACGUUCAGACGUUUGACGAGCUGAACGCUCUCAGUGACCAAGUAUUCUCGUCUUUAUGUCCAGGUUUUAAACGUGAAGAACAGUUUCCAAGUUCUACAGCAACACCUUUACCAAGAGUUACCGAUGCUCCAACCACCACCACUACAACGACUACACCAGCACCUACACCUCCUCCCAGAGCCUUUGAUCUUAUCAUGGUGUUAGAUUCUUCGGUGACACCAGAGAAGUUCGAAUGGAUCCGGAACUAUGCCAAAAUGGUCGCUGGUCGACUAAGUAUUGACAAUGAGAAGUUCCGAGUAGGUCUCCUUAGGUACAGUACUGAUCAGGCCGCCCAAUUCCAGCUGGACGAUUACUUGACAAAGGAUGGCGUUGUGGCUGCCAUGGACGAUAUCCAGUAUCAGCCAGGGGAGACCAACACCGCGGCUGCUUUAGAUUAUGUGAGAACGGAGAUGUUCAGACCUGACAAUGGCGACAGAGAUUUUGCAAGAAACUUUAUUCUCUUGAUUACCGGAAAUGACGAAAGCACUGAUAGGUACGAAGCAUUCCGGGCUGCAGAGAAAAAUGAAAAUGACGGUAAUUACUUAUUCACGGUUGGAGUCGGACUCCGAGACCACAGUGAACUGGACGAGGUGUCGUCACAUCCACUGGAGGAAUACCAACGUCUAUUCCUUAUAUCUGACCGACCAGAGGAUAUCGACGACGAACUGGCAAUGUUAGAAGCAUUACCUGAGGAUCCUCCAGAUGGUUUCCGCGGACGACCAUAUCCUCCUCCAACAACGACCCCUCUGCCGAUAACUUUACCACCGCCUGUGUCUGAUUGCGCUUUGUCUAAGGUCGAUCUGAUUAUCAUCAUCGAUGCCUCCACCAGUGUAGGACAAGGAAACUUCGAUAAAAUGCUGGCUUUCUGUAAGGAUUUCCUCAGGAACGCCGACAUUGACUCUGGUAACGUACGUGUCGGUGCUUUGAUCUACAGUUCCGGGGUAGAAAUUCAAUUCAAUCUCAAUACGUUUUCAACAAAAGCUGAUGUAAACCAGGCUAUCGAUGAAAUUCCCUAUAUCUAUGGAAGUACCAACACAGCUGACGCCUUGCUGACGAUGAGGAACAUGUUCAAUGCUGCUGAUGGAGACCGUGCUGACGUUCCCAACAUCUGUAUCAUCUUAACAGACGGUGUAUCCAAUAUCAACUCCCGGAGAACCAUUCCGGAAGCGGACCGGGCCAGGGAUGCAGACAUACAUGUAUAUGCCAUCGGUAUCGGCCUGAAAGACACGAAGGAGUUAGAUGGUAUCGCUAACAAACCCUCAUCGGAAAACAGCUUCAACGUUCAGACGUUUGACGAGCUGAACGCUCUCAGUGACCAAGUAUUCUCGUCUUUAUGUCCAGGUUUUAAACGUGAAGAACAGUUUCCAAGUUCUACAGCAACACCUUUACCAAGAGUUACCGAUGCUCCAACCACCACCACUACAACGACUACACCAGCACCUACACCUCCUCCCAGAGCCUUUGAUCUUAUCAUGGUGUUAGAUUCUUCGGUGACACCAGAGAAGUUCGAAUGGAUCCGGAACUAUGCCAAAAUGGUCGCUGGUCGACUAAGUAUUGACAAUGAGAAGUUCCGAGUAGGUCUCCUUAGGUACAGUACUGAUCAGGCCGCCCAAUUCCAGCUGGACGAUUACUUGACAAAGGAUGGCGUUGUGGCUGCCAUGGACGAUAUCCAGUAUCAGCCAGGGGAGACCAACACCGCGGCUGCUUUAGAUUAUGUGAGAACGGAGAUGUUCAGACCUGACAAUGGCGACAGAGAUUUUGCAAGAAACUUUAUUCUCUUGAUUACCGGAAAUGACGAAAGCACUGAUAGGUACGAAGCAUUCCGGGCUGCAGAGAAAAAUGAAAAUGACGGUAAUUACUUAUUCACGGUUGGAGUCGGACUCCGAGACCACAGUGAACUGGACGAGGUGUCGUCACAUCCACUGGAGGAAUACCAACGUCUAUUCCUUAUAUCUGACCGACCAGAGGAUAUCGACGACGAACUGGCUAUGUUAGAAGCAUUACCUGAGGAUCCUCCAGAUGGUUUCCGCGGACGACCAUAUCCUCCUCCAACAACAACCCCUCUGCCGAUAACUUUACCACCGCCUGUGUCUGAUUGCGCUUUGUCUAAGGUCGAUCUGAUUAUCAUCAUCGAUGCCUCCACCAGUGUAGGACAAGGAAACUUCGAUAAAAUGCUGGCUUUCUGUAAGGAUUUCCUCAGGAACGCCGACAUUGACUCUGGUAACGUACGUGUCGGUGCUUUGAUCUACAGUUCCGGGGUAGAAAUUCAAUUCAAUCUCAAUACGUUUUCAACAAAAGCUGAUGUAAACCAGGCUAUCGAUGAAAUUCCCUAUAUCUAUGGAAGUACCAACACAGCUGACGCCUUGCUGACGAUGAGGAACAUGUUCAAUGCUGCUGAUGGAGACCGUGCUGACGUUCCCAACAUCUGUAUCAUCUUAACAGACGGUGUAUCCAAUAUCAACUCCCGGAGAACCAUUCCGGAAGCGGACCGGGCCAGGGAUGCAGACAUACAUGUAUAUGCCAUCGGUAUCGGCCUGAAAGACACGAAGGAGUUAGAUGGUAUCGCUAACAAACCCUCAUCGGAAAACAGUUUCAACGUUCAGACGUUUGAUGAGCUGAACGCUCUCAGUGAUCAAGUCUUCUCCUCUCUCUGCCCAGUGACCGAUGCCCCGACUCCUCCUCCACGUGCCUUCGACCUCGUCAUUGUCCUUGACUCUUCGGUCAGUCCAGCACAGUGGCAGUGGAUACGACAAUAUGCUAAGAUGGUCGCUGGACAGCUUAGCAUUGACAAUGAAAAAUUCCGAGUAGGCCUUCUACGAUAUAGUACCAACCAGGCCGCCCAAUUCCAGCUGGACGAUUACUUAACCAAGGAUGGUGUUGUGUCUGCUAUUGACAAUGUCCAGUACCAGCCCGGGGAGACCAAUACUGUAGGCGCUUUAGAUUAUGUUAGAAAGGAGAUGUUCAAACCAGAUAAUGGUGACAGAGAUUUUGCAAGAAAUUUUAUUCUUUUGAUCACUGGAAAUGACAACAGCACUGAUAGGUACGGGGCAUUCCGUGCCGCAGAGAAAAAUGAAGACGACGGAAACUAUUUGUUCACUGUUGGGGUUGGACUCCAGGAUCCUAGCGAACUGGCCGAGAUCUCUUCACAUCCUUUGGAGGAAUACCAGCGUCUUUUCUUGAUAUCAGACCGACCAGAGGACAUCGAUGACGAGUUGACGAUGCUUGACGCAUUACCAGAAAAUCCACCGGACGGAUUCCGCCUGCGACCAUAUCCUCCACCUUCUACCACACCUAUACCGAUCACGCUACCGCCACCAGUGUCAGAUUGUGCCCUGUCUAAGGUUGACUUGAUCAUCAUCAUCGAUGCCUCCACCAGUGUAGGACAGGAAAACUACGAUAAAAUGCUGGCUUUUUGUAAGGAUUUCCUCAAGAACGCCGACAUUGACUCUGGAAACGUACGUGUCGGUGCCUUGAUCUACAGUUCCGGGGUAGAAAUUCAGUUUAACUUGAACUCCUAUUCAACAAAGGCUGAAAUAUACCAGGCUAUCGAUGAAAUUCCCUAUAUCUAUGGAAGUACGAACACGGCUGAUGCGCUGUUGACGAUGAGGAACAUGUUCAAUGCUGCCGAUGGAGACCGUGCUGACGUUCCCAACAUCUGUAUCAUCUUAACAGACGGUGUAUCCAACAUCAACUCCCGGAGAACCAUUCCGGAAGCGGACCGGGCCAGGGAUGCAGACAUACAUGUGUAUGCUAUUGGUAUCGGUCUGAAAGACACGAAGGAGUUAGACGGUAUCGCUAACAAACCCUCAUCGGAAAACAGCUUCAACGUGCAGACAUUUGACGAGUUGAAUGCUCUCAGUGACCAGGUCUUCUCUUCUCUCUGUCCAGGACGUAUACCGACAGAAGAGCCAAGAACUACUGAUACUCCGACAACUACUCUAAGAGUGACUCAACUCCCAGAUCCAAGAGCGUUCGAUCUUGUCAUCGUCUUGGAUUCGUCUGUUACACCAGAAAAGUUCGAAUGGAUUCGUAAUUAUGCGAAAAUGGUGGCAGGUCAACUAAGUAUUAACGAUGGGAGGUUCCGAGUAGGUCUCCUUAGGUACAGUACUGAUCAGGCCGCCCAAUUCCAGCUGGACGAUUACUUAACAAAGGAUGGUGUUGUGGCUGCCAUGGACGAUAUCCAGUAUCAGCCAGGGGAGACCAACACCGCGGCUGCUUUAGAUUAUGUGAGAACGGAGAUGUUCAGACCUGACAAUGGCGACAGAGAUUUUGCGAGAAACUUUAUUCUCUUGAUUACCGGAAAUGACGAAAGCACUGAUAGGUACGAAGCAUUCCGGGCUGCAGAGAAAAAUGAAAAUGACGGUAAUUACUUAUUCACGGUUGGAGUCGGACUCCGAGACCACAGUGAACUGGACGAGGUGUCGUCACAUCCACUGGAGGAAUACCAACGUCUGUUCCUUAUAUCUGACCGACCGGAGGAUAUCGACGACGAGUUAGCGAUGUUAGAAGCAUUACCGGAACAGCCACCUGAUGGGUUCCGUGGUAGACCCUACCCGCCACCAACUACCACUCCAUUACCAAUCACGCUCCCUCCCCCUUCAGACUGCGCCUUGUCCAAAGUCGAUCUGGUCAUCAUCAUCGAUGCCUCCACCAGUGUAGGACAGGAAAACUACGAUAAAAUGCUGGCUUUCUGUAAGGAUUUCCUCAAGAACGCCGACAUUGACUCUGGAAACGUACGUGUCGGUGCCUUGAUCUACAGUUCCGGGGUAGAAAUUCAGUUUAACUUGAACUCCUAUUCAACAAAGGCUGAAAUAUACCAGGCUAUCGAUGAAAUUCCCUAUAUCUAUGGAAGUACGAACACCGCUGAUGCGCUGCUGACAAUGAGGAACAUGUUCAAUGCUGCCGAUGGAGACCGUGCUGACGUUCCCAACAUCUGUAUCAUCUUAACAGACGGUGUAUCCAACAUCAACUCCCGGAGAACCAUUCCGGAAGCGGACCGGGCCAGGGAUGCAGACAUACAUGUGUAUGCUAUUGGUAUCGGUCUGAAAGACACGAAGGAGUUAGACGGUAUCGCUAACAAACCCUCAUCGGAAAACAGCUUCAACGUGCAGACAUUUGACGAGUUGAAUGCUCUCAGUGACCAGGUCUUCUCUUCUCUCUGUCCAGGACGUAUACCGACAGAAGAGCCAAGAACUACUGAUACUCCGACAACUACUCUAAGAGUGACUCAACUCCCAGAUCCAAGAGCGUUCGAUCUUGUCAUCGUCUUGGAUUCGUCUGUUACACCAGAAAAGUUCGAAUGGAUUCGUAAUUAUGCGAAAAUGGUGGCAGGUCAACUAAGUAUUAACGAUGGGAGGUUCCGAGUAGGUCUCCUUAGGUACAGUACUGAUCAGGCCGCUCAAUUCCAGCUGGACGAUUACUUAACAAAGGAUGGUGUUGUGGCUGCCAUGGACGAUAUCCAGUAUCAGCCAGGGGAGACCAACACCGCGGCUGCUUUAGAUUAUGUGAGAACGGAGAUGUUCAGACCUGACAAUGGCGACAGAGAUUUUGCGAGAAACUUUAUUCUCUUGAUUACCGGAAAUGACGAAAGCACUGAUAGGUACGAAGCAUUCCGGGCUGCAGAGAAAAAUGAAAAUGACGGUAAUUACUUAUUCACGGUUGGAGUAGGACUCCGAGACCACAGUGAACUGGACGAGGUGUCGUCACAUCCACUGGAGGAAUACCAACGUCUGUUCCUUAUAUCUGACCGACCGGAGGAUAUCGACGACGAGUUAGCGAUGUUAGAAGCAUUACCGGAACAGCCACCUGAUGGGUUCCGUGGUAGACCCUACCCGCCACCAACUACCACUCCAUUACCAAUCACGCUCCCUCCCCCUUCAGACUGCGCCUUGUCCAAAGUCGAUCUGGUCAUCAUCAUCGAUGCCUCCACCAGUGUAGGACAGGAAAACUACGAUAAAAUGCUGGCUUUCUGUAAGGAUUUCCUCAAGAACGCCGACAUUGACUCUGGAAACGUACGUGUCGGUGCCUUGAUCUACAGUUCCGGGGUAGAAAUUCAGUUUAACUUGAACUCCUAUUCAACAAAGGCUGAAAUAUACCAGGCUAUCGAUGAAAUUCCCUAUAUCUAUGGAAGUACGAACACCGCUGAUGCGCUGCUGACAAUGAGGAACAUGUUCAAUGCUGCCGAUGGAGACCGUGCUGACGUUCCCAACAUCUGUAUCAUCUUAACAGACGGUGUAUCCAACAUCAACUCCCGGAGAACCAUUCCGGAAGCGGACCGGGCCAGGGAUGCAGACAUACAUGUGUAUGCUAUUGGUAUCGGUCUGAAAGACACGAAGGAGUUAGACGGUAUCGCUAACAAACCCUCAUCGGAAAACAGCUUCAACGUGCAGACAUUUGACGAGUUGAAUGCUCUCAGUGACCAGGUCUUCUCUUCUCUCUGUCCAGGACGUAUACCGACAGAAGAGCCAAGAACUACUGAUACUCCGACAACUACUCUAAGAGUGACUCAACUCCCAGAUCCAAGAGCGUUCGAUCUUGUCAUCGUCUUGGAUUCGUCUGUUACACCAGAAAAGUUCGAAUGGAUUCGUAAUUAUGCGAAAAUGGUGGCAGGUCAACUAAGUAUUAACGAUGGGAGGUUCCGAGUAGGUCUCCUUAGGUACAGUACUGAUCAGGCCGCUCAAUUCCAGCUGGACGAUUACUUAACAAAGGAUGGCGUUGUGGCUGCCAUGGACGAUAUCCAGUAUCAGCCAGGGGAGACCAACACCGCGGCUGCUUUAGAUUAUGUGAGAACGGAGAUGUUCAGACCUGACAAUGGCGACAGAGAUUUUGCGAGAAACUUUAUUCUCUUGAUUACCGGAAAUGACGAAAGCACUGAUAGGUACGAAGCAUUCCGGGCAGCAGAGAAAAAUGAAAAUGACGGUAAUUACUUAUUCACGGUUGGAGUAGGACUCCGAGACCACAGUGAACUGGACGAGGUGUCGUCACAUCCACUGGAGGAAUACCAACGUCUGUUCCUUAUAUCUGACCGACCGGAGGAUAUCGACGACGAGUUAGCGAUGUUAGAAGCAUUGCCGGAGUUACCAACGCCAGGAUUUAGACCGAGGCCAUAUUCUCCAGCAUAUUGUGGUCUUUCCAAAGUAGAUCUGAUAAUUAUAUUGGAUUCUUCUACGAGUGUUGGUGAAGAUAACUAUGGCAAGAUGCUUCAAUUCUGCAAGGACUUCCUCGGAAAUGCUGAUCUUGAUUCCGGGAGUGUUCGUGUGGGUAUGCUCAUAUACAGCUCGAACGUGGAGAUUCAGUUCAACUUGAAUUCCUUCUCUUCAUCUUCUGAAGUGUUUGCUGCUAUUGAUAAAAUCCCUUAUAUUUACGGAAGUACUAAUACUGCAGACGCUAUACAGACAAUGAGAAACAUGUUCAAUGCCGCAGAUGGUGAUCGAGAGGGAGUUCCGAAUGUAGGUAUUGUCAUUACCGAUGGCGUCUCAAACAUUAAUUCUCGUCGUACCAUUCCGGAGGCAGAUGGAGCAAGGGGUGACGGGAUACAUGUGUACUCCAUUGGUAUCGGUCUAACUGAUACGACGGAAGUAGAUGCAAUAGCCAAUCAACCGCCAGAGGCAAACAGCUUCAACGUGCAGAGUUUCGAUGAAUUAAAGGGUCUUGAUAAAAAAAUAUUUUCCGCCUUCUGUCCAGGUGCCAGAGGUACAGAACCACCAACAACGGGACCUUCCCGAGAACAAGUCUCUACACCUGUACCAUCAACACUACCACCGCCGACACAAGCGCCGUCAUCAUGCGGACUGUCAGAUGUGGAUUUAGUCUUCCUGGUGGAUUCUUCCACAAGCGUUGGUGUGGAAAACUUUGGCAAAACUCUCAAUUUCUUAAAAUCCUUCGUCAAAGACGCCGAUAUAGAUAGCGGGAGUGUACGGGUCGGUGUACUGUUAUAUAGCAGCGAAGUAAACGUCCAAUUCCAACUAAACAGCUUUUCAACCAAAGCGGAAGUCAAUGCUGCUAUAGAUGACAUCGAAUACCAGUAUGGAAGCACAAACACGGCAGACGGUAUUAAAGUUAUGCGAUCGGAUAUGUUUACGUAUGGAAACGGAGACAGACCAGACGUGAAAAACGUGGCUAUUAUCAUCACGGACGGCGUGUCGAACAUCAACUCCCAGAGGACUAUCCCUGAAGCUGUGCUGGCCAGGGACGAGGGAAUUCAUGUGUAUGUUGUUGGUAUCGGUCUUGUUGACACGAGGGAGUUAGAGGAAAUGGCUUCAGAACCCCCAGAAGAUAAUGUUUUCAAUGUUCAAAGUUUUGAAGAUCUCCAGGGACUUGACGAACAAAUAUUUUCGUCGAUAUGUCCAGUGUCCACACGUGUACGUACUACUACUGCUACCACUACUACUACCACUACUGCUACCAUGACAACAACUACGAGUCCGUCCACAACCACAACUAUUGGUACAUCAACUGCGAUAGAAACAGAACCGCCCAUUCCAACUCCUACUCCGACAGCUAGUGGAUGUGGUCUUGCUCGUGUGGACAUCGUCUUCGUCAUCGACUCAUCAACAAGUGUAGGUGUAGAUAACUUCCAGAAACAGAUCAACUUUGUCAAACAACUUCUGUCCAACACAGAUAUUGAUUCGGGUGCUGUACGAGCUGGUAUUCUCAUCUACAGCACAGGUGUCGAGAUUCAGUUUCAACUCAACUCCUUUAACACACGGGCCAGUAUGUUCGAAGCUAUUGACAACAUUCAAUAUACAUAUGGCAGCACAAAUACCGCUGAUGGCCUCCGUACGAUGAGACAGGAAAUGUUCACCUCUGCAAAUGGUGACCGACCUGACGUCAUGAACAUCGCUAUCGUCAUCACUGACGGCGUAUCGAACAUCAACUCCCGCCGAACAAUACCGGAAGCUGAGUCAGCCCAUGGGGACGGAAUCUUUGUCUACACCGUUGGUAUCGGACUGCUGGACACAACCGAACUUUUCGCAAUUGCAACCCCGCCGGCCUCCAGCAACAGCUUCGUCGUUAACAGCUUUGACGAACUGGAAGGAUUUGAGAAGAAAGUAUUCAAGUCCCUAUGUCCAGCAGAGCGAACGCUUCCUACGAGAAGAUCAACAACCACAGCGAAAGCAACCACGCCCACACCAACCACACCCAAACCAACCACGCCCCAACCAACUGCUGCACCAACAAGAGCGCCUACUACUACAGCACGUCCACGGUAUCCUCCGACUCGCCCAUCUAAAUAUCCGAUGUCGACGCGACGACCCCAUUAUCCUACCAGACGCCCUACACUUCCGUCGGAACGUUCUACCGCUCGACCAUCUGUUUCUUCAACGGAUGGUGACAGAGGAACGCCAGUACCUACAGAACGUCCUACAGAUGCUAGUAUAACCAGACGUCCUAAUGAGGAGAGCAGAGAAUCAACUUUACCACCGAGAACAACUCCGAGACCAACAACUCCGCGACCAACAACUCCGCGACCAACAACUCCGAAACCAACAACUCCGAAACCAACAACUCCGCGACCAACAACUCCGCGACCAACAACUCCGAGACCAACACCUCCAGCUAAAGCAUUCGAUCUUGUUGUUGUCAUGGAUUCUUCAGUUAGACCAGAGGUGUUCAGCAAGAUGACUGACUAUGUCAAAAUGGUAGCUGGAGAGUUAAGUAUAGAUAACGAGAAGUUCCGAAUGGGUCUUCUUCGAUUUAGCACCUACCCAGACAUUCAGUUCCAACUCAGCAACUAUAAAACACAGGCAAGUAUACAGCGGGCAAUUGACCGAAUACAAUAUCGUCCAGGCGCAACGAAUACGGCGAAGGCUUUCGAUAUUGUCCGCACUCAGAUGUUCAAACGACGAAGUGGUGACAGAAGUUUUGCCAGGAACUUUAUUCUGUAUCUCACCGGAAGUGACGAAAGCGAAAAUAAAUUCCAAUCCUGGGCAGCAGCAGAAAGAGCAGAAGAUGAAGGUGUCCAGAUAUUUACGGUGGGAUUCGGACUUCAGGAUACAGCGGAACUAAAUGAAAUUUCCUCUCACCCACUGUCCGACUUCCAACAACUCUUCCUGGAGGAAGAAGGUCCGAAGAACUUCAACGAUGUGUUGGCUCUGCUGGAAGCAAUGCCCGAUAAACCUCCUAAGGCUCGCAGGAGACCGCGCCCACCUCCAACAACACCACGACCAAGACCUGAAGGACCAUGCACUUCAACCGCUGAUGUCGUCUUCAUUCUGGACACCUCGGGUAGCGUUGGACGUGACAACUUCUAUAGGAUGUUGAACUUCACUUGGAGCACUGUCAAUGAACUUGAUGUAAACAGCGGAAACUACCGAAUAGGCUUGAUGACCUUCAGUGAUCGAGCAAACAGAGAAUUCAACCUCAACAGCUAUGAUACAAAGGAAGAAAUAAAAAAAGCGAUAUCCCGAACAGCUUACAUAUACGGACGUACCAACACUGCCGAUGCCUUUCUGAUGGCCAGACGGGACAUGUUUGUCCAACAGUUUGGUGACCGACUGGAUGUCCCGAAUGUUAUCGUCAUCAUCACGGACGGGGAAUCAAACAUCAACAACAUGAGAACCAUACCGGAAGCUAUGACCCUGAAACGCGCAGGAGUAACUAUCAUAACUGUUGCCGUUGGAUACGCCGACAGCUCGGCUGAACUGUUUGGAAUUACCUCUAAUCCAGUUAGAGACAAUUUGAUCCGAGUUGAGAACUUCGAUGCCCUUGAAUUACUGAAGGACAAACUUAUCACACCAUUAUGUACAGAUAUCAAUCUUUGUAUGGAAAACCCUUGUCAUAAUGGUGGAUUCUGUAUUGACGGUCUUCGUAGCUAUAUGUGUGUUUGCACGGAGGGAUUUUACGGAGACAAUUGUCAGAACUCCUGUGGUCAGUCCGCAGAUGUGGUGUUUAUGCUGGACUCAUCCACGAGUAUCGGACAGAGUACUUUCCAGAGAAUGAAAACGUAUGCAGAAGAGCUCGUGCGUAAGAUGAAUAUCGAGUCAUGUGACAUCCAAGUCGGUGUCAUGAAGUACAGCUCAGCGUCCAUGGUGCAAUUUAACAUAGGAGCAUUUAGGGACACGGAGACAAUUGUCCGCGCUAUUGACGCUAUACAUUAUACCAGAGGCCAAGCAAAUAUGGCGUCUGCCUUCGAAACAGUGCGCGUGAAUAUGUUCAAUACCGGAAAUGACAGACCGGAUGUGCGCAAUAUUGCGUAUCUACUGACAGACGGCUCGGUGGAGAUAAAUGCUGACACUACAAUGCAGGAAGCUGAAUUAGCCAUUAAUUCCGGCAUCAGGAUCGUCCCUAUCGGAAUCGACUUAAGAGUAAAGACAGAUGUGGAAAACAUCGCCAACGUACAAGGCUCAAACACAAUUGAAAUCAACGGUGCAGAUGGAUUACGUAACGGACUGGCGGACCAGGUCUUAAGACCCGUGUUUGAAGAUGAAAGCUAUUGUGACGUGAAUCCUUGCAGUAAUGGAGGACAGUGUCGUGAAAAUGGAAACGGAUUUGUGUGUGAAUGUGUUCCUGGCUAUACUGGUGACACUUGCGAGAAAAGAUGUGAUGCGGCAGCGGAUGUGGUAUUUGUGGUGGAUACAUCCCGCUACGUCAGCCGGAAGGAACUCCGCAGCGUGAAACGAUUCCUGCGCAGCGUCAUCAAAAGGAUGCAGUUCAAACGACACAAGUUCAGAGCAGGCAUUGUCAGUUUCGCCAAAUACUCCAGAGUCAAACUGACAUUAAGUAGGACGUCCAAAAAGAAAUCGAUCCUGUCUGUGGUGUCUGGUCUAAAGAGUAAGGGAGCAUAUGAUCCUAAUCCAGCUGAGGCUUUGAGAAAAGCGAACUUGCGCCUACUUCCUAACUCCAGGACACGUAUCCCAAGAUAUGUGGUAUUCAUUACAAAGAGCAUGCGCGACGAGAGCAACGUCAUCAAGCAAGCCAACAAGAUCAAGAUGAGAGGCGUCAGAGUAAUGGGAAUCGGAAUUGAUCUGAGUACCUCUGAUCAGGAUUUUAUGAAAUCUGCUGUCUCCAUGCCGCCAAACAAAUUCCUACACCUGACAGACAGUGUUGAAGGUCUCACCGACAUUUCUGAUAGGUUGAUGAGUUUCUUGUGUAAUGAAAACGAUCCUUGUUCCGACAACCCAUGUCAGCACCGAGGUGAAUGCGUAAGCGCCCAUGGAGAAUACUAUUGUAAAUGCCCAAGAGGGUAUGCCGGCAAACACUGUGACAUAUCUUGUCCAGCGAAGGCAGACAUCGCUUUCGUCCUUGAUGCAUCCGGAAGUGUUGGUGCACAGAACUUCCGGCGAGUGAAGCAUUUCGUCACUAAGGUGAUCGACGAGCUGGCGAUUGGAUAUGACGUCGCGCGAGUUGGCGCGGUUUCCUACAGUUCAAAAAGCUACAUGGGAUUCUACAUGGACCAGUACAAUAGUAAAGAGGAUAUUAGCAACGCUAUCGCAGCUCUGGGUUAUGAGUAUGGAAACACAAACACUGCGGCAGGUCUCCGUAUGGCUAGAACUCGUAUAUUGACGGAAAAGCGAGGAGAUCGACCAAACGUCAGAAAUUAUGUUGUCGUGGUUACAGACAGCAUUUCUAAUGUGAAUCAGGAGAAGACUCUACCGGAAGCAAAGAAAUUGAAGGACGCUGGUGCGCAUGUCUUUAGUGUGGGUAUCGGGAGCUUUGACCAGUACGAACUCAGAGCUAUGGCAUCCGAGCCCGCAGACUCUAAUACUUUCGUCUUCAACGAUUUUGUUAGUUUAGCUAACUUCUCUCAGACGUUCGUCCGGGCAACCUGUGUGUCAGAAUCCGUAUUGUGUAACGUCAACAAAUGUAAAAAUGGAGGAGUGUGUGUACCAGGAGUAAAUUCAUUUUCCUGUAAAUGUCCUCGUGGAUUUAACGGACCGACUUGUGAGAUGGAAUGCAUCACGAAGAAGGAUGUGGUGUUUGUUCUGGACUCGUCAUCAAGUGUCGGAAAAGCAAACUAUCAGACCAUGUUGGACUUCGUCAAGGCCUUGGUAGAGGAACUGGCUGGUGCUUCAUUCAACAACCGCUUCGGUAUGAUCGUUUAUAGCACUGAUGUCCGUCUUAUCUUCAGUCUUGGUAGAUAUAAAGAUGCUGCAACAAUAGGAAACUCCGUCGGGGGGACUCGGUAUUAUCCGGGAUCUACGAAUACCGCCGGUGGCCUCCGAACGGCAUUGGAGAUCCUGACGAAUGCCUAUGGAGCUAGACGAGACGCCGACGAUAUCGUUAUUCUAAUCACGGAUGGCCAGUCAAAUGUUAACUCUCAUGAUACCAUCCCGGCUGCUGAAGAGCUAAAGGGCACAGGCGCACGUGUACUGACCAUCGGAAUAGGGCUAACAGAUUAUAGUGAGAUAGCCCAGAUUGCUUCUACACCAGAAGAUGUCUUCAAGGUGUCAAACUACAACGUGCUACAUGAUAUUAAGUCUGAUAUUCUGGACAGUUCAUGUAGCAACAACGGCUACAGUGGUAAAUGAUUGCGUCUGAUCUGUUAAACUGAUCUGUCAAAUCUGAUCUGUUACACUGAUCUGUCAAAUUUGAUCUGUCACAUUUGAUCUGUUAAAUGUGAUCUGUCUAACCUGAUCUGUUAAAUCACGGUUAUACGUGUAGAUAAAUGACAAUGUUAUAUUGGUUUUAUAGUAUCGCUUGAUUGAUCAUGAAUGGAAUGUGACAGAGAGUAAUUAAUGUUUCCAAAGUACAUACUGUUUGCUAGUAUAAUCCGGUGCUACGUUAGCUGAGUUGUCGUUCUUAGUUCGUUAUAAAAUUGUCCUUUACAGACUUGAACCAUAGUUAAAAUGUUGCUAUUCAAUCAGGUUUUCUAAGAAACAAAAAGUUGACUAUCAGAUGACUAUACUAAUUGGAUGUUAAAACUAAAGUGAACGUUUUCUUUUUGUAUACAAAUAAUGCGUUAAACUGGAUCUGUUUUUAUAAUUGAAAUAUCAAUUUUUCAAACCAAUUUCGAAUUAAUUGCUUGAAAUAUCUAAGAAGAUGUGAUAUUUUUAACUUGUGUACGAAAUCCACUAUAGACUUAUUUGGACACUCGCUCGUGCUGUUGUUCGUAUGUGGAUGUGAUUUUUUAAAUAUGCAAUGUUUUGUUUUGCCAGUAUAAUACCAAUCAAAAUAUCAUUUUUUCAUUAUAUUUUAGCACAUAUUACGUAUGAUAGAUAAUGUGAAUUCCAUGAAAUAUAUAAAUACUAAAUAUUACUUUACUAUUUAACCGGAAAUGACGUCAUGUCACUUCCGGUGAUGUGUAUAUUGACAUGUGUUUAUACAAGCGGUGUACUAUAGGAUUUUGUAAGAUUGCAAAUCCACUUCAAAUAUAUAUGUUGAGAGUAUGUUUUACUUAUAUAAUAUAUAGAUAUAUAUAUAAUAUUUAAUACUCUUACUAGUACUGAUAUUAAUUACACUGUAGAUAUAGGUAUAUCAUCGGCACCCCCAAAUGAUUUCCACGCGGUAUUAGAUUUCAUAUAAAUCAAAAAGGGCCCAUUUGUCCAAAUAGAUGUUAACGCCGAGACAAUAAAAACACACACAAAAUAAACAAACAAAUAAAUUCAAAUAGAAAUCACUUUUCGGAUAAUAAAUUUAUCAAUGUGACGCUCAAAAAUAUAUCUGCAUGAAAAUAAUUGCAAAUUGGAAUUAUAAUGUCAUUUCCGUUUUUAAAAAAAUACAUUGAUCGAUGAAAUACAAGGAUAUGUGCAGGUUUGAUGACGUCAUAUCUGUAUUGAAAGAAUCAUCUGUUAAGAUAGAAUAAAUCAUGGCUCCUUUACAAAUGUAAUUAAAAAAAAAACGUCAGCCAUCGUUUUGAUAUUUCAGUGUUCUGUUAAAUAUUAUUUGAACAGCUUGGCCCUAUUUUAAGUAUUGCUCAUUGUAAGAGAUGUAUGAAUACUUACAACCAAACAUUCCUAGUUCAGUAGUUUUAUAGUUAAAAUCAAUAGCAUGCGAAUCAUAUCAGCUAUAAUUAAUUCUUAAAAGAUAAUGACAAAACAAAAUUAUUAAGAUUCCGCAAAAACGUUUUCUACGCAAAUAAUAGUUACUGUUGUCUACCUUAAAUACUAGUAAUGAAUCACAUGACGUGAAAAGAAAUCAUAUGACCUGGGUAACGUGACCAGGGUGCAGAUGGAUGAUGUGUAGUGUAUGCUUUCUAAUCAAUUUCUAACACUGAUAAACGACUAUAGCUAACCAGAACGAAACAUGAAUCAUUUUACUGGUUUGUAAUAAAAACAUAACUUUUUAUAAUCA